UAUUUCACAGUUGCACCAAAUCAGCUCUGGUGAUUCUUCGUCGCUAACCGGAGAGAGGGAACUAUGGAGGGAGAAACGCAGUGUGGAGUGGAAGAGAAGGAGCAGUUGAACACUAAAGAUGAGGAAACAUGUGAAGAGAAGGAAGAAACCAAAACAGAAACCUUUAAAAAACCGGCUAAGCUAGCGGUGCCUUCGCUAGCUAACAGGCGCAACAACAGCGUAGCAGCAAACAUGGAGGAGCAGCAGUGUGAGUCUAACGAUGCUGCAGAGAGACAACAAGAUGUGGCAAAGAAACAAGUCAUGAAAAUGAAGGGGACUCCUGUCAAAGCUGGGAGCUUCCCCCCUCUGCCCUACACCCAGCCCCCCUGGGGGGGCCCUACCCCAGAGGCUAACUACGCCCUGGAAAUCCUGAAAAACGGAACGAUAGUGGACACCGUCCCCCUCACACACCGGAGCUAUUUCGUCGUGGGGCGGCUGCCGGUUUGCGAUGUCCCUCUGGAGCACCCGUCCAUCUCCAGGUACCACGCGGUGAUCCAGUACCGAGGCCAGGCCGGGGAGGGGGGCUGCGUGGGGGAGGAGAGGGGCUUCUACGUCCACGACCUGGGCAGCACCCACGGCACGGUGGUCAACAAGAACAAGAUCCCCCCGAAGACCUACGUCAGACUGAGGGUGGGGCACGUGCUGAAGUUCGGGGGGAGCAGCAGGCUGUUUAUCCUGCAGGGUCCAGAGUCUGAUGAGGAAGAGGAGUCUGAGCUGACGGUGACCGAGCUGAGGGAGCGAGCCCGCAAACAGAGAGCGGAGCUGGAGAAAAAAAUGAUGGGAGAGCUUUCUGAUGGGGAGGGUGGUGAUGAUGAUGAGGAAGGAGAAGGCAAGAAGAGCCAGAGCCAAUCCUCCAGAGAAGAUUCUGGAUGCUCGUGGGGAAUGGAAGAGGAUGCGGCUCCAGAGCAAGAUGAGAACGAGGAAAACCCCUUUUCUACAGAGUUCCAGGAAGACCAGGAGGCUGCUUACCUGAAAGACCCAAAGAAGGCGCUGCAGGGAUUCUACGACAGAGAGGGCGAAGAGCUGGAGUUUGAGUAUGAAGACCAAAACCAUGGCACCUGGCUCUGCAGGAUCAAGCUGCCAGUGGACGACGCGUUGGGUCGACAGCUGGUGGCAGAGGUGAGCCACACGGGGAAGAAGAAGGAGGCGGCCGUCCAGUGCUGCCUGGAGGCGUGUCGGAUGCUGGAGGCUCGAGGUCUGCUGAGGCAGGAAGCAGUUUCACGCAAACGAAAGCAGAAAAACUGGGAGGACGAGGAUUAUUACGACAGCGACGAUGACACCUUCCUGGAUCGGACCGGCACCGUGGAGAGGAAGAGGCAGGAGCGGAUGAAGAAGGCUGGGAAGAUCGAGGAGCGGACCGAGACCUACGAAUCUUUGGUGGCCAAGCUGUCCUCGGUGGAGAAGGAGCUGGCGGACACUCAGAAAAAGCUCAACGCUGGUAAACAAGGAUCGUCAGCCUCCUGUGCCGAGGACUCGCUCGACGUUUUCAUGACGGCGGUGAGGAGCGAGGCCGCUAUGGACGCCGUGCAGCGCAGGAAGCUUCACAUCCACGUAGCCGAUCUGCGUAAAGAGGCCCAGAGGCUCCGUAAACUGGUUGACCUGACGCGGCCGGCCCAGAUGCCCUCGCUGCUCCCCAGUGGAAGCUCUGAGGCGGAAAAACCCAAAAAAACCUUACCUCUGUUUGGAGCCAUGAAGGGAGGAAGCAAAUUCAAGCUGAAAACUGGAACCAUCGGGAAGCUGCCUCCCAAAAGGCCCAACCUGCCUGCUGAGCUCUUCAACAUGAAAGAGCUGCCAUCCACGGGGGAGGAAGAGGAGGAGCAGGAGCAGGAGGAGCUGGAACAAGAGGAAAAGGAUAGGAAAGGAAAGGGAUGGGGGAGGAGAUGA